UCAAAUUUGUCCCUCGCUGUCCACUGUCAUUCAACAUUUAAAAAUGUAUCAUGUUGUCUUGGAUACCUACGCUCAGUCAAGAGAAGAAGAAAAAAGGAGACGAAGAAGAAGACGACGACGACGAAGAAGAAGAAGUUAAAAAAAACGACACAUUGCGGGUGUGAAACCACCCGAAAAGAGAUGGCAGGAGGAGAGCUGUGGAGGAAUACAAGUACAACCUAAAAGAAAAUUUAUUGAAAAGUGGCGGUUCAAUGAAAUGGGGGUGAGAAGAGAGUGGUUAGUGUACAACAACAGCAGUGCGAAAACAAUGACGUGCAACAUCUUUCAACGGUACUCGACCAACCGUUCCUGCUCGUUCGUGGUCGGAACGAGCACAAUGAAACUGGAAUCUGUGAAAGACCACGAGAAAUCAAACGCUCACAUAAAUGCAGCAAGGAUUUCCACGGCAGCGGCAGGGUCCAUCGCGACUACAGCAACGGUGCAGGCACUCAUAGCGAUGACCGACCCCACCGCCACGAAGAUGAAGAACCUCUUUCGCAACGUUCAUGCCUUGGCUAAACGAUCAAGACCGCUUUCAGACAUCGUGUGGAUGUGUCAAUUGGAUGACCAAAAGGGUAUUCAAGUGGGUGGGUCAUAUAGGAAUCCUGUAGAGGCAAGGGUGUUUCUUCAUUACAUUGCACAAAUGGAAAGAGAGAAGAUACGAGAUAGGCUCAAAGCAGCCAGCCACAUUGGUAUAAUGACGGAUGGAUCAACCGACAGCUCUGUUAAAGAGGAGGAGAUGGUCUAUGUCAGAACAUGUGUGGCAGGCACAGUGGAGACAUCGUUCGUAGGCAUAACCGCAGUAGAGAAGGCUGAUGCAGAGAACAUCACCACUGCAAUCAAGGGCAUAAUGGAGUCGGUGUGCUGUGACUGGGAGGACAAGGUGGUUGCCAUCUCCACAGACGGUGCAGCAGUGAUGGUAGGAGCCAGGAGUGGUGUCGUCUCACGCCUCAAGGAAAAGACACCCUAUAUUAUUGGAGUCCAUUGUAUGGCACACAGACUUGAGCUCAGUUUCAAAGAUGUGAUCAAGAGCAUUAGCCUUUUCCAACAAGUUGAGGAACUGCUGUCAGGGCUGUACACGUUCUAUCAUGUGAGUCCUCUUAAUCGUGCUAACCUGGUCAAGAGUUACAAGGAUUUAGGAAUGACCCCUCUCAUGCCAACAAGGUUUGGAGGCACCAGAUGGCUGGCCCACCUCUCCAGAGCAGUUGAUCAUUUCCUGCGAGGAUAUAAAGCCAUUGUUCAACAUCUAGAUCAGUUGAGAUCCUGUGAUUCUGGGGCAAUGUCUGUGCAGCAGUGUAAGGCCAAGAAGUUUGCUCAGAUCGCAAAAGACUCUGGGAUUCUGCAGUUUUGUGGCUUCUUAUGCGACCUCGUCUCUCAUCUGGGUAGCCUGUCACAGUCACUCCAGAGAUCCAACAUCACCAUUGCCGAGGCACACAGUUGCCUGUGCUCCACCCAAGCUGUCUUGAUGAAAUACAAAACAAGGUAUUAUUGAUCUGAAAGAAAUUUCAAUUAAAUGUUUUACAGAUCAGAAAAGUGAUUGUUAAGGUUACUGAUGUAAGAUUUAUUUAAUUAGAGAGAGUCCGAUGAUGAGGGCAGCUACAGGUGACAUGUUCAAGGGAGUCACCCUGAUUGCUGGGAAAGCCGAAGAUCAGGUCAUCUCAUCUAAAGAUCGGCUGAUUGACAGGCUUGUUGAAAGCAUUGGAGGCAGGUUCAGGGAUAUCAGCAAAGGGGUACUGCAGGCUACAAAGUUGGCCUGCUUCAAACAUUGGCCACAGUCAGCAGAGGAGCAAACAGGUUAGUUCAAA